AUGGUGAAGCUUGCAUCAGCCCGGGAGAACCGAAUGUACGGGCCAAGAUCUUCCCGGAACAGGCUAGAGUACAUCAACGCUGGGCUAUACGCGUUUGCUACCGUCGUGCUUUUGAGUGGGUUUGCCGCUCAGCUUUCCGGAGAGCCCAGAUCAGGGCUGGUUCUUUUACUCGUAGCCCUCCCGGUUAUUGCUUUAGUGAAUGUACACGAUCUUAUUGCUCACCUUUCUGGGAUCGAUUGUAGAUUGAACAUAUUGAAGUUUGAUACCCAGUUCGCAGCUGUGGAGUUUGCUGCACCUGUACUUCAGACAUUCGGGACCGUUCUCUUUUUCCUAGGAAUUUUGUUUCUUUUCUUGCGGGAUGAAAGAGGCUAUGGCUACUACUACAAGGAAGAGCGGCAUGCGUUGAACAUGCUGAUUGCUGGCUCAGCGUUAUGGCUACUUGGUUCAAUCCAAAACUCCUGUCAGAUCUAUGAGAGAGCUGGUGGGCAUGUUCAGAUCUUGCAAGAGAGCAUCCAGAUUCCAUUCUUGAUGGGAAGCUUGUUGUUUCUGGUAGGAGCAAUCCUUAACAGCAGAGAGCAGACAGGACAUAUCCAUCACGGUAUGAAAUUAUUGGGUUUGACGUGGGUAUGGAUUGGCAUAUUUGGGAGCCUGUUAUUCUUCGCUGGGGGCCUAGCAAAUCUUGUAAAAGUGUUCAAGAUGCAGCAAGGUGAUGGAUUAGAGUUGGAGAAACUGCGAGGUGGAGCACAAGAGCGACUGCUUGACUUGAGAGAAGGCCAGGUGCCGUUCAUCUUAGAGGAGUCCUCUAGGAGGAGGGAAAGGCCUGCGGAGGAAGGGAAGAUUGCUAUUGUCCCUGCAACUCCUUACAAAGAUGUUCUCCUUAGUCAGACCUGAGUAUUUGGUGCUUCAAUAUCGUCUGCUUUGUGGUGCGGAAUGGCAUCUGUUUCCAGUCAGCCUCAAUUCCGCUACACACAGCCCCCAUCCAAGGUUCUCCACUUAAGAAAUUUACCAUGGGAGUGUACAGAGGAGGAACUGAUUGAAUUGGGGAAGCCAUUUGGUAAAGUCGUCAAUACAAAGUGUAAUGUUGGAUCAAAUCGUAAUCAAGCUUUUAUAGAGUUUGCAGAAUUGAAUCAAGCAAUUGCAAUGAUAUCAUACUAUGCUUCAUCUUCCGAACCAGCUCAGGUACGAGGGAAAACCGUCUACCUACAGUAUUCGAACAGGCAAGAAAUAGUGAACAACAAAACUACUGCAGAUGUUGCUGGGAAUGUACUCUUGGUGACAAUUGAGGGUAAUGAUGCACGCCUCGUAAGCAUUGAUGUUCUUCACUUGGUAUUCUCUGCCUUUGGAUUUGUGCACAAAAUUACAACGUUUGAGAAGACAGCUGGAUUUCAGGCUUUAGUCCAAUUUUCUGAUGCUCAAACUGCUUCUUCUGCGAAGGAUGCCCUUGAUGGAAGAAGCAUUCCCAGGUAUUUAAUUCCGCAGCUGGGACCUUGUACCCUUAGAAUCACAUAUUCUGCACAUACUGAUUUGAGUGUUAAAUUUCAGUCCCAUCGUAGCAGGGAUUACACCAAUCCUAACCUCCCUGUGGCACCUUCUGCAAUAGAUGCUAGUGGUCAGCUCAGUUUAGGGUUAGAUGGGAAGAAAUUAGAGCCUGAGAGUAAUGUUCUUCUUGCUUCCAUUGAGAACAUGCAAUAUGCUGUGACCUUGGAUGUUUUGCAUAUGGUUUUUUCUGCUUUUGGCCCUGUGUUAAAGAUUGCGAUGUUUGAUAAGAAUGGUGGCGUUCAGGCAUUGAUACAGUAUCCUGAUGUCCAGACUGCUGUUGUUGCAAAGGAAGCCCUAGAGGGACACUGCAUAUAUGAUGGUGGGUAUUGCAAGCUUCAUAUUUCCUAUUCUCGCCACACUGAUCUCAGUAUAAAGGUCAACAACGAUCGCAGUAGAGAUUACACAAUUCCAAAUGCCCCCAUGAUGAGCUCUCAGCCUUCAAUUUUGGGGCAGCAGCCAAUUGCAAUGGGUGGUCCUGCUGCUCACCAAUAUAAUGGAGCCCACUAUCCUCCACCUCCUGAAAGUACUGCAAUGCCGCAGCCUUCAGUAGGCUGGAACACUUCUGCCCCGGCAGUACCUCCACCAAUGCCCAUGCAAAUGCAUAAUCACCCUUACAUGCCACCUGAAAUGGGCCCUGGGAUGAUGCCAUUGCACGGCCAGAACGGUCUGCCACAUUCUGCAGCAAUGCCUCCUUAUCAUCCACAGUAGCAUUGCAAUUAAUUGCAUCUUCUUGAUAUCAUAGAUUUGUGUGUUGUUUGGAGCAGGCUGAAGUGAUUCGUCUGAUAAGCAGAGUUCGAAGAGGUAAAGUGAAGCCUGGCAGAUAUGGGGAGAUGUCAAUUUAAAAUAUAAAAUAUUUUUUCCUUUUUACCUGUUAUCUAGGAUUUCAACGGCAAGAUUCUGCUCUUCAACUUCUUGUGGAUUUAAAUGGGUUUUGAAAACUCUCGGUAGACUUGGGUGUAAUGUAUAUUAACUUUUAUAACUUUCUCGCCGUCAGGCGUACUAGUUUGCAGUUAAUUUAUUACUUUUCGCCUCUUCCCGGCUA